AUGUCGCGCGCCACCACCAGCGGCUACCCGAAGGCCGAAGCGAAGUCAAAGAAGAAGACUCCGGCUCCAGCAAGCGAGAGGUUCGACUAUUCUCGCACGCAGCCGAUGAACGCUCAAGAUCCCCGAGCGGAAGGAGCACCUUGCUGGGGACACCGCGUGGUGGCAGCUCCCGGUCCGGGAUCGGUGACCGGAUCCAACAAACAUGCGACCUGGGAAGGUUGCGAGGUGUGCCACCUACGGCUGAGCUAUACACCAGCCUAUGGUGCCCACGGCUUGACGAGAGCCGCAGGUCCCCUGGCCAAAGAUGUCGAGCGACAACUGGAGAAGGUUCCUCCCAACGAGCAGAAGAACAGCAUCCACCUCAAGGACAAGAAGAUUGCUCUGGACGGAGCCGAAGAAUCCCUGCUCCAGAAGCUCGACGAGGUGCAGCAGAAGAAGAAACAAUGGCAGGAGACUCAAGAUCGAAAGGCACCGUCGCCAGUCAAGGCAAAUCCGGCUACUCCAAAGAAGGCAUCCACUUCGACCUUGAGCUCUACGACACGGAAGACUCGGAAACCCGAGGAAUCGGCCGAGCAACACGAGACCUCGGCCCUACAAGAAGAGGAUGCCCAAUCUUGGGCAGAAGUGGAGACGGCUGCAUUGGCUGCUGAGAGGAUUUCACCAAGAAUUCAGAAUUUUGAGAACGCCAAUGGCUAUGAGGCUUGUGAGAAAGGAAUGCCUGAUGACAACGACACCUCAAGUGGCUCGGAGAACCACGAGACCUUCAAUGACCCAGAUCGUGUCCACUACACCGCUGAAGACUAUGAGGUCAUUGAGGAUUUGCACGACACCUACGAGUUUGAGGUGAAAGAUUUGAUGGCUGCCAUUGGACUACAUCCCGAACGGCGCCGAGAAGUAGAUGGCCAACUUCAUGAAGCCCGAGUAGAUGGAUGCAGCUAUGGUUUGAAGGUGGAUGAUGGCUACCUUAAGAAGCCCUG